GAAGAAGAAAAGGGGAGGAGAGGAGAGGAGAGAGAGAGAGAGAAAGAGAGAAAGAGAGAGGAAUCACGACGUGGCGUGGGAAUCAGAAGGGAGAGACCGCCUCGCCACCCCUCUUUUCAGUUCCCUUCAGGGGGCGAGUUUUGCAACCUCGAGGACGCAGUUGCUUAGCAUCGUAAUCGCUGCCACUGCCGCGUAGUCGCACUCCGCGUGGGCUACCACCAACAACGUGCCGCGUUUUUUCUCAUGGUCGCGAAUUCGUCGAUCUCGUUGCUGAGAGACUGUAUCAUCCCGCCUACACGAUUCGCGACACGUGGUUUAUUUUGUUCGCUUGGGGGACAAUUGAUCGGUGAUUUGAAAUUUCACGAGAACAGAGGAUGGUUGCGAGAAUAACAGUGAACGAAGGAUAGUUUGAUUUAAAGUGUGACAAGAGAGUGGUUCGAAAAAUUAUUCAAUGAAUAUACGACAGAUAUUGGCGAACGAUCAGUAACGGAAUUUCAGCGAUGGUGUUAGAAUGGUGGAACUGACGUAUCCCGCGGGAACCGAAGAAAAACAAGAGAAAAGGCUCAAAGUGGACGAGGUGGGAGGCAGUACGGUGGUAGCCGAGGGUGUAGUAGGCGGCAUAAAGGGCCCAGGCGGCGGGUGCCGCGCAUCCUCGAUGACGAUGGCCGAGAGCGCCGUGGAGGACGCUGCAGCCGCGCCCCCGGGUCCGGCCAAGCCGCCACCGCCCUCCUGCACCAACAAUAACACCCUGGCGGCGACCGCGAAUCGCAACCAUCGGAACCUACGCAGACGAAAACGGCUCGACCAGGUGUUGGACAUUCUGCAACACCGGAGCUCUCCGUCCGAAGGCGAGGUGUUGAGGUUCGAGGGGAGCGUGCCAGCGUCCGAAGAGGAGGAGGACGUGUUCGGUUCGCCUAGGUCGUCGUCGUCGAGAUCGGUCGCAGAUCCACCGUCUGGCAUCAGUUUGCUACCACUUAGGCUGAAGAGCGAGGAGCCCGUAACACCGCCUGCCGAGGAAGAGUCGUCCAACAGCACCGAUCAACAGCAACAGCAGAAUCAUCAUCCUCAUCAUCCGCACUAUCACCCGCAUCAUCAUCGUCAUCGGCACAGGCAUCACCACAGAAACAGCAACGCCAACAAUCAGUACGACAGUCAGCUACACCCGCGUCACCAUCAAAGAUCCUCGGUGGCCAAAUAUGCUGGUUGCACCUGCGUCCAGUGUUCACAGUCGACCAGCCCACCCUCGAUGGUGCUACCAUCGCCAACGUCCCCGUUGACACCUCUCACGCCGUUGACUCCGUUGACGCCACUCACUCUGCCGCCGUUGACACCAGGAUCCCUGUCGUCGUACAGUUUUGAGCACUAUAUGCAGACCAAGUACCUGCCGGACAUCUUCAGAGGAAGAAGCCACUCGGACUCGGACCUGGUGCCAGGAUGGGACCAGAAGCCUCCGCUCUUCACCUCAUCCGUGUUUUUCAACCAUCCAUCGUUGAGAAGCAGCCUGUUAGAGAGCGAGACGACCAGCCCGCAGGAGUCGCCGUUGGAUCUCUCGAUGAAGAGCCUGAUGGCAUCGGCGGCGGCCGCUGCAGCGGUUUCCGGCAGGCCACCCGCCCUCCAGCUACUCCCACCUGGUAUCGUGUCGAGAGGCUCGGUGAGCGUUCCGGUGGUAAAGGGCGACGUGGCAUCGCCAACGACCAAGGAGAGCGUCGCCGUGAGAUACAACCUCGAGGUGUCGCCGGUGGUGGAGGAGAUGCCGCCCGGAGCAGACGUGGCAUACGUGUGCCCAGUAUGUGGUCAAAUGUUCAGUCUGCACGACCGACUGGCCAAGCACAUGGCCUCGAGGCAUCGUAGACAAGGUCCACAGGACGCAUCUGCCAAGGCGUAUCUCUGCGACGUGUGCAAGAGGAGUUUCGCCAGGUCGGACAUGCUCACCAGACACAUGAGACUGCACACUGGCGUCAAACCAUACACGUGCAAGGUUUGCGGCCAGGUAUUCAGCAGGUCGGACCACUUGAGCACCCAUCAGCGAACGCACACCGGCGAGAAACCGUACAAGUGUCCGCAGUGCGCGUACGCCGCUUGUCGCCGAGACAUGAUCACCAGGCAUUUGAGGACCCACGCCAGAUUUCCCGAUGUUCAGACGCCUAAGAGCGAGCCUGGCCUCCUUGCCGGCGAAGACAGCCCAACGUUCGCGCAGGAGAUGGCCUCCCCAUCGGCGACCAUCAAAGCUGAAUGACGACGGCCAGAUUUCUCGCCCGUGAUUGCAAGCGGAUUUCGAGGACGUGAGCUUCGACCACCAGCCUCGACCAACGGCUUUGUCGCCGAAAUUCCAACGUCUCGACAAAGCCGAUGACAGGACGGACGAACGACGCGCAGCAGGACAACGACGCAGGAGGGCAAGGUCGACUCGUCUCGUUCGAAUAUCUCAGCCCUUCGACCUGUCGUCGAUGACGAGGCCAGUCACUAUCCAGCUACUCUAGAGUUAAGGAGAAUUUUCCGUUACAAAACUGGGGUUUCCCUGUUUUCGUAAAUACGUCUCGUCGUCACGCAUCGGAACACACCUUUAUCGUCGGUCUCUUGAAACUUUAUCGCGAUCCUCUCAACAGUAUUACACGGUACUCGUCUUCCCUCCCGUUGCUUCACCUCAAACGUUUCGACGACGUUCAUCAUUCUCCUCCCCCGGAGGUCUUUGUUGCUCGAGACCGAGACGAGCGGCCGUUCGUGAAUUAUUCCAAAAACUGCUUACCGCCUCGCGUGGAAUUCGUUCGUUUUGGAAGCUUUGGAAGCUACGAGUAAAAUACGACGAGUCGUCGAUUCUGUUGAUUGUUAAUUGUUCCAAAACUUAAUUCCUUUCGACACCUGUAACGUUCUUUUCGUGCCUUCUCGAAGUCUACAAAAUUGUAUUUUCUAUCUCUAUGAAAUGGAAUGAUUCUUUUCGAAAUUCCAAAUGUUUACAACCAUCGGAUAUUUCGUCGGAAUUUAAUGAAAGUCCAUGCGAUCGUUAUUCAUCUUUGAAAUCUCUUCGACCGCGCGCAAGCUUCUGUCAAAGGACGAUGGUCACUCUCUCUCGAUUGUUUUGCGUUUCGAAACGGGAACGACCCGAAAGCAUUGUUCCCGCGGGAGUUGCUCGCGUCAAAAUUCCAAGAUUCAAAAUUCAGAAAUGCUCGAUCUGCGCGAAUCGAAACGUUCGAGAUACUCGCGAUCUUCUCGCGCGGUGUUUUGCGAGUUUCGCGGGUUUUACUCGGAGAUGAGAAGAAACUUGUGCCAAAUUUUCACGGUCGGCCCACGUUGUCAAGCCACGUUUUCGCGUGGUUACAUAUCAAUCGAGCUGAGUGCGUUGAAAAGAAGAUCGUUGCUGAUGUUCGUUACCGUUUUCUUUCUAAAUUUUCUGAAUUUUCUUUCAAUGAUUCCGUAAUGAUGCCACUUUCCUUUCGUUUGAACAGUCAAUUGAAUUUCCCGGUCAAGUUUUCCAUUGCUGUCGAUUAAUUUUUAACAAGAAAUAGUUCGUUUCUCGUACCUUCGAAAUGACGAGGAAUUAAAAUUGAUGUAUAAACAGUAAACGUCGUAAACUUCAUUUCAAACGGAACGUAACAAAUUUGAAACAAGACGAAUGAGAAAAUUUCAAAGUAAACGAGAAACAAUCGUUCCUUUGCAGCUGAUAACAGCAGAGUUAUCUGAAUUUUAAUUUGACGUGGGCAUGCUUUGAAAAGAAGAUAUUCAACGUAUCAGGAAAAACGUGACACUUGCUCGUCAACAACGAUCUUUUCCAAAACUCAUUCGUCGCCGCGCGAAAGCGAAAUCGUCAAUUCAGACUGUUGUCCGGAUGUUAAAGAAAGAAGAAGAAAAAAAAAGAGAGAGAAAAAAAGAAGAUAGAACCGAGUGCGUGAUCGGUAGAUGUUAGCUGUUGUAACGAUUAACACACAGGAGAGAGAAAGAGAAUGUGUGCGUGCGCGUGUGUUGUUUUAUUGGACGUUGCGAAAUUCCUGUCGACAGCGACGUGUUAUAUAUUUAUCGAAAAUUAUCGUUUGUUGCUCGCGAAAAAAAAAGAAAGAAAAAAAGAAAAGGAAAAGGGAAAGGCACUCGAAUGUUUUUUCGAGGCUGUCUCGCUCGAGGAGAUUUCGAUUUCGAGAUAUAUACUUACUGUACAGGAGGAACGCAGACGAACCCGCGAGACGUGACGAUUUUCCUUCCCGUGCGGAAGGAGAAUGAAGAAAUAAAUAAAUAAAAAGAAAAAAAAAAGGCGAAAGAAAACGCAAAAAGAAAGAGAACGAACGUAACCGUACCUGCAGAAAGAAAGAAACUUAAAGCAUAAUAAAAGCGUCUAGCUGUAACGUUAAUUAGUGGAUAACAUUAAUAUUAUUAUUGCGUUUUAUUAUUAUUAUUAUUGCUAUUAUGAAUAUUAAUAUUAUUAUUAUUAUUGAUAAUAACAUCGUUCUCGUAUUGUCAACUGUUGAGCGUGAUGAAUGUUUCGUAAACGCGUGCGUGAGAAAAGAGACAAAGAUAUUUUUUUAUCCGAGAAGAGACAGAGAGAGAGAGAGAGAGAGAGAGACUUCGCGAAAGGGUCGCGAGAGAGGAGAAACGAACAGCGAGCGCGGGACGCGGAGAGCAAGUCACAACGAAAAAUGUUUCGCAAUCAUUAACGCGAUGUUGAAAUUCGCGGACAGUCGAAAAUCGAAACACACGAGAAGUGUAUAGCGUUUGUUCUUUUCCAAAUUUGUCCGACUCUCUCGCGAAGCACGACGUUUCCGGUCCACGGUGGCCAGAUAUCAAUUCGUUAACUAGUGUAUUUGCGACGAAGCGCAGGCCGAUUCCUCGAGAAUUUCACUUUCAGUGCGGACGAUCCCUCGGAAAAAUACUCACACAAGUUCGACAGGCGGAUCGCGAGACAGGCGAGAAAUGUAUACGUGCUACGUCGAUCGAGCGUUUUUUCGCCAGACACACUCGUCGGGGAAGCCGGUGAAGGUACAACAUGUUGUCGAGAACACGACAAUUCCGAGCAAUCGAAAUGAAAAUUGGCGAUUGGCGGGGAGAGACUGGAAAUUACAAUUUCGUCGCGAAAGUGUGUGAAACGGGAGGAAAGAACGGGAGCAAAGUCUGUCGAAGAAGCGUCGAUGACGUCGGUGCGUUCACGUGCUACGUACGACGAUUCCACCGGAGAGACUACACGCGAUCAGCUACUUCAACCUUGCUCAACCUCGACCGUUUCGCCUUUUUCCUUGCCAUAACUCGGCCGCUGUCCAGUGUGUGUCUCCCGUGUGGCCACGGUAAAACGGGCAGUGACGAAAUGUCGCGAGUCACGCCCUGUGUAAAACACGCACGAUGCUCAUCCGUGUGAACACGCGCGAGCACACGAUACGCGAUGUAUACACAUACACACACGUACGAAACACGACACAUACCGUACGAUAGAUAGACGCAUUGUUCAGGAAAAUACACACGGUGGUGAAGAAGUGCGCGCAGUUCGAAAACGCGCACGCAGGUACGUAUAUCUGUAUUUUUGUAUACCGAGGUUUUUUCUAAUUAGUCUACCGUCUUAAGCGUUCCGAGGAGGAACGGAACGUGUAAUUAGCCGUUAAGGGGAAAAGCUGUCUUUGCUUGCCAUUUUAACUUGCCUCUUGUCGAUCGAACGAUUACUCGGAAGGCAGCUUGUCGGAGUGACGAGAGAAGGAUACACUAGGUGAAGGGGAGGAGGAGACGGAGAGACCUCGAGACGGAAGGUCUCGUACAGGUGGACUUCGACAUUUUGCUCAGAGGGAGAGAGAGAGAGAGAGAGAGAGAGAGAGAGAGAGAGAGAGAGAGAUCGCCGUGUAAUUUAGAAUUUUCAAAAUACAAAAUCUCGUAGUUUCGAAACGGGCGUACACGAUAUCGCGCGAAAAAUUGAGGGAUUUUCUGUUUUCUUUUUACUGAUGUUCUUCGUGGUUCUUUUUUCUUUUUCCUUUCUUUUUUUCGUUUUUUUUUUUUUUUCUUCCUUUGAAUUAUUUCUUCUUUUUGAAGACGCGAAAUCAUAUGGAUAAAUUCGGUUGUGUGUUCGCUACAAGUUGAAACAACUUGAGGUUUGAUUGUUGAUUUGAUUUUCUAACGAAAAUUUCGACUUACGCGAUCUUCGCGCGAUUUAAUCUUUAAAACACAGAGAGAAUCCUCUCGCUGAAACGAGACCUUUUUUCGCUUGGUCAAACGUAGAGUGGACACGAAACGAAAAAUAAAAAAAAUAAAAAAAUAGGACGUAUAAUUGUAUAAUAAAAGAAAGAAAAAAGGAGAAAAAAAAUAUGAAACACGCGACGUCGUGUCGUCAGGCAAUUAAGCGAUCGCCGUGCCAGACAAACAACCUGUUCUUGUAAUUAUUAACACUCAUUUAGCCAUUCGUACGAUUAUAAUUAUUUCUAUUAUUAUUAUUAAUUAUUAUUAUUAUUAUUAUUAUUAUAUUAUUAUUAAUUAUUAUUAAUUAUUACGCCUAGUUACGUUGUUAAGUAAUUAAUCAUGUUUAAUGCUUCUAUUAUUUAUUUUGUUAUCCUAUUUGCAAGUCAAGCUUCCUAUUUUUCGUCCUAUUCUUACACUCUUCCCCACUUUUUUUUUCUCCCCCUUGUUCCUCGUUUCAUCGAAAGAAAAAAAAAUAUAUAUAUAUAUCCCAUCCGACUCUCGUCGUCCUCCAGAACGGGAUGAAGAAGAACGCUUCGUUCCAAUCAUAAACAUCAUUUCGCAUUUACAAGCUCGUGCUCGUGCUUCUUCUUCGCCCUGUCUCGCGUCGUUUUCUCUUCCGUACGUUUGAAAAACGAGGAAAGACGACGAGCGACGACCGAGAACGGGUCUCCUUCCCCGCGGGAACCACAAUUUCUGCGGUUCCGCGACAUUCUGUUUACGUUUUUUUGUAUAACGACGAACAAGUUAGAGAUUUUCGAUAAAGAAAAAAGAAUAAAACAAAAAAAAAAAAAAAGAAAAAAAAAAGAAUGAAACAAAACGAAGCAAACGCUCACGAUGAUUUCUGUAAAUUAUUGACGACGAUGAUUGUGUAUGUUAAUUUAUAAAUUAUGUUGUGUUUACGAUUCGUGCCAGAAAAAAAAAUAUAAUUUUUCAACGAA